AUGCCUGUCAGAACUCAAGAUUUGCCCACUCGAAGUAGAGAUUCGCCUCAAACUGCCGGGACUCCCGAGUGUCUCCCUGCCAACAACCCUGGCGAGACGUUCUGGCAAACAACACGGCACAAGCUUCAUGAUCAUCGUUCAACAGAACAAUUGCCCGAGCACAGUGAUAUCGUGAUUAUCGGUGCUGGAUAUGCUGGUGUCGGCACUGCCUACCACCUCGUCAAAGACCAUGGGGAUGUGAACAGGUCCAUCGCUAUUCUAGAGGCCCGAGGUGCUUGCUCGGGGGCAACUGGCAGGAACGGUGGUCAUGCCAGACCCGACCUCUAUGGUCAUAUUCCAACAUACGUGGACCGUGCGGGAGCUCGGGCUGGAGCUGAGAUUGCCGAGUUUGAAAUUCACAAUCUACGCGCUCUGAAAAAGACCAUUGAGCAAGAGAAGAUCGAUUGUGAUUUCACUCUAACCCGGUCGAUCGAUGUUUGGUGUAACGCAGACGCGGCAGAGAAGGCCAAAUCUGUAUAUGACCGCAUGGUUUCCGAGGGAUUCGAGUAUAUGGAUGAUGUAAUUUUCUACUCCGGCGACAAUGUGGAAGGGAUCUGCGGAGUGAAAGGUGCCAAGGCUUGUGCCAGCUUCACUGCUGGGACGAUGUGGCCCUACAAGUUCAUCAUGCAUCUAGUGGAGCUGAUUGUUGAUGCUGGCGUCAACUUGCAAACAAACACUCCGGUCACAUCAGUAACCGCUGAUCCAGAAGGCGGAUUUAUCGUGGAGACACCUCGAGGCAAGAUGCGUGCUGGAAAGGUCGUCUACGCAAACAACGCCUAUGUCUCGGGUGUCCUCCCACAGUAUAAGAAGAACAUUGUUCCAUGCAAAGGCAUAUGUUGCAGGAUCACCGUUCCAGAUGGAGUGACUGCGCCCCUCCUGAAUAACUCCUAUAUCAACCGAACGGAUGAAAAUGUACUGUCGUAUCUUAUUCCCCGUGCUGACGGCAGUAUCAUUGUCGGAGGUGCUGCUGCAGUGUUCCGGAAACACGAGAAACAGUGGUAUAACAAUGUGGACGAUGGCAUCCUCAUCGAUUCUGCAAAGGACUACUACAACGACUACAUGCAGAAAACCUACUGUGGAUGGGAAGAUACUGGUGCCAGGAUAGACAAGAUCUGGUCGGGUGUUAUGGGAUACUCUUACGACUCGAACCCUCAUAUCGGAACUGUGCCUGGCGGUAAGGACCAGUACAUCCUUGCAGGCUUCAAUGGGCAUGGUAUGCCGGUCAUUUGGCUGUCAUCGAAAGAGCUGGCCAAGAUGAUCGUUCAAGAUAUUCCUUUUGAGGAAACCAGUAUGCCUCGACUUUUCCAAACUUCUCAGUUCCGCAUCGACCGAGCUCUGAAUGGAAAAACCGAGGAUGGUGAUAUCUUGGGCAGUGGUAAAUUCCCUGCCACAAAGCCUUAA